AUGGCCUCCUCAAGUCUCAUCAUCCUCGGACUCCGAGCUGCUCAGCUCUUCUUCGCCUUCAUCAUCAUGGCCCUUACAGCCUACGUUGCCCACUGGUACAAUGUGGACACGUUGACUUCGUCGCCAUCCCAGAUCAACUGGCUGUUGGCUGUGUCGGUAAUCAACAUUAUAUCUGUCAUCUACCUGGAAAUGACGCCUCGAUUUGCCCCCAAAUUGUCUCACCCGAUCGUUGCCAUGGCUCUCGAAGUGUUGAACGCACUCUUCUACUUCGCAGGAUUCAUCGCCCUCGCCGUCUUCAUGAGCCGGCUGCUCUUCUGCCGCGGCAGCGUGUGCGGAGCUGCUCAGGCGAGCGUGGCCUUCGGUGCCUUCGAAUUCGCUCUCUGGACCGCCUCCGCCGUCUUUAUGGGAAAGGACGUGUGCAAGCAGGGGCUUCUAAAGUUCCAGUUCCGCCGCCCUGGCGCCAAGGACUCUACAGAAGCGCCUGCGAUGAAGGAGGCUUCCCAGGCCGCGUAA